AUAGACCCCCUGCAAUGAACAUUUUAUUCAAAUGUUCAAAAUUUAGUUCAACAAGGAGCCGCUACGAGCCUCUACUGUGUUUUUACUGGGAAAUGAGUGAUAUGAGUGAUGCAAUUGAAUGACGGAUCUCUCAGAAGAAGUAAUUUUAUUUUUAAAUAGUGACGCUCAACGACGGAUCAAAAAAGCAAAUUUUAUUUAAACUAGAACUGUUUAACCGUGGAUUACAAGAAAGGUUUUAAUUUGCAGGUAAUAAUUGAUAUGCAGUGGUAAUGACGAUUUCGAAAUACUGUCUCGGUACGUUGCACUCGGUGCAUCUACGAGGUUUAGCCUUGAACGAAAGGUUCAAUGGAUAAAUGCCUUAAAAUUGCAAUCAAAUGCAUUCUGCAUUCAAGAAUGAUAGCCGCACAUGUCCCUUUGUGCAAAUCCUUUGUAGUUAUCAAUGUUGGGAAUGAGCUGUGGAAAUGGGACAAUCCUGCUUUUGAGUCGUCUCGUUCGAUGUAAAAUUGCAAAAUGAUGAAAUGUUUAUGACGUUCACUCGCAGUAAGUUUACAGCGACCUCGAGUUAAUAAGCACGCUGAAAUCACUUGGCUAGUAGCUAUCUACGUAGGACAGCUGCUAUUACAUGGCCCAGUUAGAAUAUAUAGCGAUGCAUAUGUUUAUGAAGAGAUACGAUGUUUGGUAUUGAUAGGUUUAGUAUAAUGAUGCGAUUGAACUUCAAAACAAUCUUGCUUAUAUUGGUUGUCGCAACAUUGAGUUCCUUAUUCACCUCGUGGAAUAAUUGUGGAAGCAGCUUAUUGUUCCAUACUGCAGAUUGGAAGACAAAGUAUCAGCAUAAGGAUCGUGCAAGUACAGAAUUGGGAUAUCAGGAAAUAGACUGUCAUAUAAACGGUGAUUAUUCGAUAGGGUGUCGUAAAGAAGGCGACGAAGUAUACGUACCGUUCUCAUUCAUCCACAAGUACUUUGAGAUUUAUGGAAAAUUAGCUACUUACGAUGGCCUGGAAAGAUUCGAAUGGUUGCACAGCUAUUCGAAAAUAGUGAAUCCCAAGGGAAAAUAUGAUCCACGUGGUGUAUUUAUGACCUUUGAAAAUUACAACGUCGAAGUGAGGGAUAGAGUCAAGUGUAUCAGUGGCAUCGAUGGUGUACCGAUAUCGACACAGUGGGAAAGCCAAGGAUAUUAUUAUCCCACGCAGAUCGCUCAAUUUGGAUUAUCGCAUUAUAGCAAAAAUUUAACUGAGCCAGAACCACAUAGAAAAUUAAUCGAGGACUCGGAUAAAGUUAAACAGAAUUGGAACGUUCCUCAGGGAUCAAUUAUCACUAGGGUAUACGACGAGCAAGUUAAUAGUUACGUUUUGAAAUUUGCGACGCCCGAAACCAGUAGCUCUGGGAUUUCUUUACAAUUGGAUCACGUGUUGGAUUUUGUCCUGAAAUGGGAUCUCAAUAUCAAAGACAAUGGAAGUAUCACGAUCACGCUGCAGUCGAGAGAAAAGAAAGAGACGUAUUAUCUUCACUAUGUUACGAGCAAUACGGUGUUACAUAAUUAUAACGAUCACGUGUAUUAUGGAAUCGGCCAAGUUAGUCAUCAGUGGAGACGUCUGACUAGAGAUCUUGUAGUUGACUUACAAAAAGGUCUUUAUUUGAAUGACAAGAGCAGAAAGAAGUUACCUCGAUCGAAAUUAAAGGUAGUACGGAUUACUUUGUACGGUUCUGGUAUGAUCGACAAUAUGACAUUAUCAACCAGUGAACAUAUGGAACAAUUUUAUGAUGCAGCGAGAUGGUUCGUCGCUAAUCAAAACAUCACCUCGGGUGGUUGGCCGAAUCCAGUCAGAAGAAAAGUAGCACCUGGAAUGGCUGUCCUCGAACCUGGGUGGUACUCGAGCAUGGGUCAGGGUCACGCGAUAUCGGUAUUAGCGCGCGCGUAUUACCAUUCCGGGGAGGCAAAAUACUUACAAGCCGCUAUUAGGAGCUUGCGACCCUUCAGACUGUCCUCGAUUAAAGGAGGUGUAGCUGCGCUGUUCUUAGGCAAAUAUGUUUGGUACGAGGAAUAUCCUACGACUCCUUCUUCUUUUAUAUUAAAUGGCUUCAUUUAUUCGCUUAUUGGCCUGUACGACUUGAAGAGUAUAGCAACGGGUAAAGACGCGGAGGAAGCAUCCAGACUCUUCAAUCAGGGUAUGACAUCGCUAAAGAAUAUGUUAACGUUGUACGAUACUGGUUCAGGUACUACGUACGAUUUGCGUCAUUUUACGUUAAAGACGGCGCCAAACUUGGCUAGGUGGGAUUAUCAUUCUACUCACGUCAAUCAACUUCUUCUUCUCAAUUCCAUAGAUAACGAUCCUAUUUUUAUCACGACAGCUGAAAGGUGGAUAGGCUAUAUGAAUGGCAAAAGAGCAGCGCAUAAUUAAUCGCUGAUUUCAAUUAUAUCAUCGCUUCUCUCUUUGUUAUUUAUUUCUCCACUAUUGUUAUAUAUAUUUCCUCUAUUUUUGUUUUCUCAUGUAAAUUUGUUGUUGUUUUUACCUACACCAGAUACCAGAUGUACAUGUACGUCGUCAUAUUUUCGUCGUUGUAACGAGAUCCUACAAUCAUUUUUGUACAAUAUAAUUUUUAUUUUGUGCAUACAUGUCGAAAUGGUAGUCACGCGAUCAAAGCGAAUGUAUAAUUAGUUUUGAUAUUAUUUAUUAAGCUAACAUAUCCUAUUGAUAUUGUUAUGAGAAGCGAAAUAACCGUAACAAUAUAGAGAGUUCCGAAUGUACUUGUAAAUUAGCCAUUCGUAGCAGUUGAAGCAACUGAAGCCUUCUGGUUAAAAAUCAUAUAACGGUGCUGCCACUAAUUAUAGCGAUCAAUAUGUAGCGUGAUUGUACGCGACUCACCUAGCAAUCACGAUACAUUUAAUAAGCACAAAUUCGGCGUACUGUCAGAGCAGACUGACAGCAGAUAUUGUCAUCAUAUUGAUGCUAUUUAUUGAAGCUUGUGGACAUAACGUUACAUGGCCAGAAUCAAGUUAAAUCUGCCAAACGUAAUGUAAACGUAAAUAAACACUGUAGAUUUCUCUCAGUUUUUAUAAACAAUCUGCUACUGUUAAACGAUCUGCUGUUAAAACGCAUCGGACAGACGCUGCCACCGAUUAUAGUGAUAUUUUGCUGAUGGAUUGCUAGAUUUCUGUCAGCAUUCUGUCGAUCGAACAAUGUUGCAUGACAAGCAUCGACGAGAUUUGUAGCAGAUAUUUCGCAAUCUCUCCCCUCAACAGAUUUUACUGCCAGGGUAAUUGUAAUACAAGAAAGAUUGUAAUUAUUUAUUUUUUAAUAGUAACAUUAGGACAAGUGACUUUUCUCUAAGGAACUCACCUAGUUUUGCAAUAAUUGAUUUACGCUACAUCUACACACUAAACGCGUAACGUUAGAUUUAUUUAUUCAAUAAAAAUGAUUGUUUCAGU